UUUCCCAUUCCAUCACCUUCAGUUCCUUAUCCACUCUUCUUUCCCGCGUUGAUGGUAUCAUUUUUAGAUUGAGCCUUUUUGCCAGAACUUCGUUUUAUUGCCUGCGCAGCGUGUGCGCUAUUGCUGAUUUGUUGUCACCAUGGAUGUUCAGGAGACCCAGCGUCUCCUUUCUGAAUAUCUUCAUGAGCUCGCGAAUCUUUUCCAUCGCGUUCCGGGUUCGGCAAUCUUUCUGCGCUAUGUGAAGUCUAGCUACCAGAAUGACCCCAUCCGCUCGGCCGUCGAGUUGUUUCUAUUCCUGUUCGCCGUCCGCUAUUUGCUCGCCCCGAAGUAUUCUACCAAGCCUGGUGUCGUCCAGCUUUCGGAAGAUGAAAUUGAUGACCUAGUGGACGAAUGGACACCGGAGCCGCUUGUGGGAAAGCCAACCGCUCUGGAGGAAAUGGAGAUAGAUAAGAGACCAGUUAUUGCCGGCCCCGUUGGUCCUAAAGUUAGACUUUCAAACGGUCGAACAGUGAUGAACCUCGGUUCCUACAACUUUUAUAACUUCAAUACGAACGAGUCUAUCAAGGAGAAGGCAAUCCAGACACUUCGCAAUUACGGUGUAGGGCCCUGCGGCCCCCGAGGCUUCUAUGGUACCCAAGAUGUCCACAUGAAGACCGAGGCGGAUGUUGCUUCCUAUCUUGGCACAGCGUCGUGUAUCAUCUACUCCCAAGCGUUUUCGACCAUAUCAAGUGUGAUUCCGGCAUUCUCGAAGCGAGGUGAUAUUAUUGUUGCGGACAAGGGCGUGAAUUUCGCCAUUCGGAAGGGUAUACAGAUCUCGCGGAGUAUAGUCCGGUGGUACGAGCAUAAUGAUAUGGAGGAUCUUGAGAGGGUUCUGGCCAAGAUCACCAAGGAGCAAGCGAGGAAGCCUCUCACUCGACGAUUUAUCAUUACUGAAGGCUUGUUCGAGUCGUAUGGUGACAUGAGUGACUUGCCUAAGAUCAUUGAACUCAAGUUGAAGUACAAGUUCCGACUGAUCCUCGACGAAUCAUGGUCGUUUGGCGUUCUGGGAAGGACAGGACGUGGUAUCACUGAACACCAGAACGUUGACGCGGCCGAGGUUGACAUGAUUGUGGGCUCGCUGGCCGGCCCAUUGGUUGCGGGAGGGGGUUUCUGUGCAGGAUCGGAGGAGAUUGUUCACCAUCAGCGUAUCUCGGCCGCUGCGUACACGUUUUCGGCUGCACUGCCUGCGCUUCUGUCCACGACGGCUAGCGCCACAAUCAACAUCCUGCAGAACAGCCCCGAGACAAUCUCGCACCUGAGAGACCUCACAAAGGCAAUGUGGGCGCAGCUUGACCCUCGCAGCGAUUGGGUUCGAUGUACAAGUGCGCCCGAGAACCCGAUCCUUGUCCUCGUGUUGAAACCUGAGGUGGUUGCUGCGAAAAGACUUAGUCAUGAGGACCAACAAUACGUCCUGCAAGACGUAGUAGAUGAGUGCAUCGCGAACGGUGUGCUGAUCACCCGCCUCAAAUGCCUCGAUGACAACUUCGAACCAAAACAGAAUGUCCCCGCUGCUCUGAAAGUAUGCGUCACGACCGGCUUGACGAAGAAGGAGAUCGAAAAAUCAGGAACCAUCAUCCGUCAUGCCAUUACCAAGGUUUUGAGCAAAAGGAAGUAAGCUGCAGACGCUCUGCAUCUACUCUGCUUCCUGCGUCGAUAACAAAAACCUGGGUAAUGACACACUUAACGCGACCAUGAUGUAGCAGUCUCAGCCGAUUUUUCUCACCUGUUCGCUCGCUCGCUCACUCCUCCUUCGACUUACGUGAUGGCACUUUUUUUCGCCGAUCCGCUAUUCCUGUAUAGACUAAUCAUCAACCAUGCUGUCAGCAGACGGUCAUGCUUAAGCUGCAUGCACUAAUGGGAGUUCGACAUUCAACGUACAUACAUACUGACCUGCCGCUUAUGAAUGUACCAAUACUCUACGCCUUUCUCUUCCCUUCUUUCCAGCAAAUUGGGGCGCGGCCCACCUACUACCUAUUAAUCACCUACCUCUUUCUUGCAUCUUGGGGCUAGGGGUUGUAUUAUUCUCGUUGCAUUGUUUCUUAGAACUUAUAUUCUUAAUGGAAAUGAUGUUCUU